GCAGCCGCUGCCCCGCGCCCUUCCCGCCCGGCCGGGCCGCCGCUCGCCCCUCCCCGGAAGGGCGGCCCCGUCGCGGCCGGCGCGGAGCCGGCAUGGAGCGGGCCGAGGCCUACGGCUUCUCGGGCGCCAUGAGCGGCGCCUUCCUGCUGUCGUGCCUGCUCUUCGCGGCCGUCAGCCGCCGGCAGCGCGGGCCCUACAUGGACGAGGUGUUCCACGUCCCGCAGGCGCAGGCCUAUUGCCAGGGCCGCUUCCUGCAGUGGGACCCCAUGAUCACCACGCUGCCCGGCCUGUACCUGCUCUCCGUGGGGGUGGUGAAGCCCGCGGCGUGGCUCCUCGGGUGGACCGGGAGCGUCGUGUGCUCUGUGGGAAUGCUCAGGUUUAUCAAUCUCCUCUUCAGUGCUGGGAACUUCUAUUUACUGUAUUUGCUGCUGUUCAAGAUCCAUCAGAAGAAUAAGGCUGUGUCUGGUUUCCAGAGAAUCUUGUCGGCAUUAACUCUUGCAAUGUUUCCCACCCUUUAUUUUUUUACAUUCCUAUAUUAUACAGAUCCAGGGUCAGUAUUUUUUACUCUCUUUUCCUAUUUAAUGUGCCUUUAUGGUAACCACAAAACUUCUGCUCUCCUUGGAUUUUGUGGCUUCAUGUUUCGUCAGACGAAUAUUGUGUGGACAGUUUUUUGUGCUGGAAAUGUUGUUGCUGAGAAGCUAAAUGAAGCCUGGAAGAUUGAGUUGCAGAAAAAGAAAGAUGAAAAGAUUUCUUCCAGGAAAGGAUCAUUUUCAGAUUUGGCCAGAAUACUGCAGUUUCUUGUUAAAUAUCUCUUGUCACCUAAAAACUUAGUUACACUUACUGCUUUAACUUGGCCAUACAUCAUAUUAGUAUCUCUCUUCUUUGUUUUUGUUUUCAUCAAUGGUGGAAUAGUUGUUGGUGAUAGAAGUAGUCAUGAAGCUUGUUUGCACUUUCCUCAGCUGUUCUAUUUUCUGUGCUUUACUGUUUUCUUUUCAUUCCCUCAUUUAUUGACCCCUACUAAAAUCAGGAAAUUCCUUUUGUCGGUGCGAAAGCACCCUGUGCAGUAUGGCUUAAUCACUGUCAUCUCUUUAUUCCUGAUCUGGAAAUUCACCUAUAUCCAUAAGUAUUUACUAGCAGAUAACAGACAUUACACGUUUUAUGUCUGGAGAAAAGUGUUCCAAAGACACGAGCUUGUAAAAUACCUGUUAGUUCCAUUCUAUAUAUUUGCUGGCUGGAGUUUCACCGAUACAUUAAAAUCAAAAUCGAUAUUCUGGAUCUUAAUGUAUUUUGUAUGUUUAUUAGCAGUCACAGUUCCUCAAAAAUUGCUAGAAUUUCGUUACUUUAUUUUGCCAUUCUUGAUAUAUAGGCUCAAUAUUCCAUUUCUGUCUCUAUAUAGACAACUUCUGGAGCUGGCUUUUUAUAUUUUAGUAAAUGCUGUAACUUUUUAUCUUUUUCUAAACAGAACAUUCCAAUGGGAAAAUAGUGAUGAAGUACAGAGGUUUAUGUGGUAACUUUUUUUUUUUUUUUUUUUUUUUAAUACUUUUAUACCUGUAGGAAAACACAGUUCUGUUUCAGGACUGGACUCUGGAAUGAAACAAUGUUUUGCAUCAUGUAAGGAUUGUCUUCCCUAUUUGGAAUUGGGAAGUAAGCACUUUGCUUAUAUUGUUACAACCACAUGCAAGUCUGUUAUGAUGUGAAGAUGCUCCAUAUAUUGAAUUGUUGAGAAUUUUGAAAUUCAGUAUGAGGGAAAAUGUGAGAACACUUUCUGCAAUUAAUGUAAAAUAAGGGAGAUGUUUACUGUCAUUUUUCAUGACAAUAAAAUAUUAUAUAACAUGCCGUUGAAGGUAUAACAGUUUAUAAGUAUGUUGCAGAGAUUUCUCUUUUACAAAUGAAGAAUUUCAACCUGUUCAACCUUUUUCUUUAUUUAUGUGUGUGCAUAUUUAUUCCUCAGAUCAGACCGUUUCCUUCUAGGUUUAGUAGUGGUCAAAGUAUAAACCACUACUAAAGCACAAUGUUUUCAGCCUCCUACAUCUCACUGAAUUUUUAUUACUUUUUUGUCAAUAAAUGCUUACAUUAGUUUUGUAUGCAGAAUGUAGGCUCUUAAAUCAUUAGAGCAUUUUGAACACUAUUUCAAACUGCUGUUUGGAAAACGCAGCAGAUGCAAUGUGUGUGCACCUUCUUUGGAGGAAUAAAUGGCACUUGAUAAUGUGACCUGUUAGAAGGGGAGUAGUUUACAGAUGUCAGACUGCAACAUGCAGUGGAUUGCAGCCCUCUUAAAUAAUUGAGCUUUUAUGUCCUGGGGUUCUGUGCUCACGGGUUUGUGCUGAAAUCGGCUCUGAGUGCAUUCCUGAGUUGAGUGUUUCAAAGAUCUUUGGUGUGUAAUCUUCAAGAAGUAGUAAUGGCAUUAUUGAACGAUUCUUUUAAGUAUUUUUCAUGUUUAAUGGAACUUCAGUGUAUGUGUAUUGUUUGUCAAAGGUAAAAUGCAAUGUGUGUAUAUAUAUAUAUGUGUGUGUGUAUAUAUAUUUAAAAGCAUCUAGUGUGCAUUAUCAUCAGAGUAAAUGAAGGCUGUAAUGGUUCUUGUCAGUAAAUCAUUGUUUUAAGUCUCAAAAGUGUUUGUUUGCUAAAGUAUGGGGCAGAGGAGAGUGGUGUCAAAAACUUCAGGUACUGUGUAGCUUGGAGCCAUGUCCUGGCUCCAGUUCCUUCCUGGUACUAACACUGUGAUGGGUGUGGUGAGUUCAGAUUCUGAUUAACGCCUUUGCAACCCUGUUUCUCCUAAGGAGACCCUCAAGCCACUCCUCACUAAGUGUGUUUAUAUUGAAUUUAAGAUAUUUGCCAGGUCUCUUUUUGCUCCUUGGCCAUUUGCCAGCCUGGUAACUUGUUGUCAAUGUGUAUGAAAGGGAAAGCCAUUUUCAGUCAGUCCCUAUUUGCUUCUUCAAGUUGAAGGGACAAGAGAAACCCAAAAUCGAUUGCUUUUGAAGAAUCCAGCGUGGUUCUGGCUGAGUCCAGGAUGUUGUGUUGUGAUUUCAGUAUCACAGACUUGAGAGGGGAAAUCUUGUGGGCCUUCUGCUUCCAAUUUUGUUUUUGUAUGCCAUACCAAUAAAAUUGUAAGAUAAAGAGCA